AUGUUCUCAAAACCAGAAGAAUCUAAGGAGUCCGCCUGCACAUCUCCAGGCGACUCAAAUGACGAACAGCCGUCACAAGAAUGGAAGCCCCAAAAGCAAGAAUGGCUGAUUUUUGGCUGUCUAGCCCUGCUAGCUUUUGUUAUUUCACUUGAUACAACAAUCAUCACUCCAGCUAUACCAGUCCUAGAGACAUCAUUAGAUGGCAAUGCAGUUGAGGCCUUUUGGGCCGGUACCUCUUAUCUUCUGGCAAGUGCUGUUUGCCAGCCACUCAUCGUCGAUCUAUCGGAUAUCUUUGGCCGCAGGUCUCUACUGAUGAUUGUGGUGCUAUUAUUCACACUAGGAACCAUUUUGUGCGCCGUUUCUUCCUCAUUUGGCCUUUUUCUCACUGGUCGUUCCUUACAAGGCGUUGGGGGCGGAGGUAUAAUGGCAGGAUGUCUUGUAAUCACGACUGACAUUGUUCCAUUGCGAAAACGUCCAACGUACUAUUCUAUCGUUCAGAUGGCUUGGGCAAUCGGCACUCUCAUCGGACCAUUGAUCGGGGGAGCCAUUGCGCAAAACAUCACUUGGCGAUGGAUUUUUUACAUCAAUCUUCCAUUUUGUGGAAUUGGCAUCAUACUGGUUCCUUUGACUGUGCGUCUCAAUGCGAAACGCCCUAGUAUCGGAGAACGUCUGGCUUCAGUUGACUGGAUUGGAGGGUUUUUAUUCAUCUCCAGUUUCUGUGCCUUUUUGAUCGGUAUCACGUGGGGUGGUAACCAAUUCCAAUGGUCAAGUUGGAGAACAUUCAUUCCGAUCAUUGUUGGGUUCUUGGGAAUAAUUAGUGCCCUUACUUGGGAAACCUUCGGUGCAAAGCGACCUUUUAUACCCAUGUCCCUGUUCUCAAGCCUCUCAUCGGACAUAUCAUACAUAUGUGCCUGUCUCCAAGGGGCGUUGAUAACUAAAAGCUUUGAUGCCAUCCAAAGUGGAUUAGCCCUGAUGGUGAUAUUGGGUCUCUUGCUUCCAAGUAGUAUCAUUUGCGGUGUUGUUCUGACUCGAACUGGUCACUAUCGAUGGGCGAUUUGGUCCGGCUGGGCUUUGGUCACAUUGGCGAUCGGCCUUAUGGCUCUAAUGAAUCAAUAUAUGCCCGCCCGCCACUGGGCAUUUAUCUUCGUCACAUUAGGCAUCGGUAAUGGCCUCGUAUUGACCUCAUUGAAUUUCGCAAUUCAGGCGCUUGCAACAAACAGCAGGGAUGGUACAGCAGCUGGCAUGUACACAUUUUGCAGGUCAUUGGGAAUGUGCAUUGGUGUAGCAGUGGCUGGCACAUUCUUCCAAAAUAGGCUGCGCGACCACCUGACUUCUCGAAAUCUUCCUGGCAGUGUGGCGAAUUCUGCACCGGAGUUUGCUCUUCGAUUGCAACAACCGGGCUGGGAUCCCGUUGAGAAGCAGAGCUAUAUUCUAGCAUUUACAAGCUCUUUCAAAGAUCUGUGGCUAUUUUUCAUGGCUGUAGCCGCACUUGCACUGUUGUUAUCGUUAUUUAUUCAACAUGCGACGCUAGACCGAAAUCUUGACUCCGAUCAUACAAUUAAAGGUCGGUCUCCUGGGUCCGAAGAUGGUGUGAACAAAAAUCAUUCUGAGGGAUGA